AUGGGCACGAGCGGGGCCACCACCCGGCUGGACAAGCUCCUCAACCUCUUAAACUGCGGGACAUGCCCGGAGACCCGUCAGGAGGCCGGCAACCAGAUCGUGGGCAUCCUGCGCAGCCACCCCGAGCAGCUGCCCGGGGUGCUGGGCGCGGUGAGCGCCCUCCUGCGCAGCCCCAACUGGGACACCCGGCUCGCAGCAGCCAGGUGCCUGGGCUCCGCCGCGAUGCACUUUGUGCACGCCACCCCCGCGGACAUUGCCGCCGCCUCGGGCCUGGAUGCCGUGGCCCUGGAGGCUGAGCUGGACCGUGAAGAGCCGAUCCCUGACGGCACAGUGAAGGCGGAGCAGGACGGGGACGAGGGCCCCUUGACCCUGGAGAACCUGGACAUCCAGGAGAUCGUGGACAACUGCCCUCCACUCCUGGCCUCUGGGGGAGAGGAGUACGCGGCGCAGGCGGCCGAGGGUGUGGCGGCCCAGCGCUCGGCGCUGCGCAAGCGACUGGGCCUGGGCGGCGCGGCCGGCGGCUUCAUGGACGACGCGGAGCUGUUCAAGGACGAGGACCUGCUGGCGGGGGCCCGCGAACCGGAGCCCAGCGCCGCCCAGCCCGAGCCUGCGCCCAUCCAGGCCAGGGAGGGGUCGGCACGCUUGCGCCUCGCCUCCUCGCGCCGCCUGAAGGGCCUGAAGCGGGCGCAGGGCAGCGCCACCGGCGGCGGCCUGCUCCCCCCGCGCAAGUCCGCCAAGCUGGACGCCGGCGGCGGCGGCGGCGACCAGCCACAGGCAGGCGCGCCGAGCAUCGACCCCGCCUGCCCCCCCGCCGCCGCCGCGCUGCGCUCCUCGGAGGCGGCCUGGGCUGCGGUGCUGGCGGGGGAGUGGCCGCUGCAGCGUGCGCUGGCCGCCGAGGCGCUGCGCGCGAAUCGCGCCUGGCUGGGCGGCUGCGCGGCGGCGCUGCUGGCGCUGCUGGCGCUGGACCGCUUCUCCGACUUCGUGGGCGACGGCGCGGUGGGGCCGACGCGUGAGACCGCGGCCCAGGCGCUGGGCGCGCUCUGCCCCGCACUGGGCCCCGCGGGCCUGCGGGCCCUGCUGCGCGCGCUGUGCGCGCUGGCGCGCUGCGACGUCUGGCAGGCGCGCCACGGCGGCGUGCUGGGCCUGCGCUGCGUCGUCGCGGCCAUGGCCGACGCGCUGGCCGACGGCGCGGGCGUGUGGGCGUGCGAGGACCUGGCGGCCGCGCUGGCGGCGCUGGGGCCGCGCCUGGUGCUGGAGCGGGACCCAGGCCUGCUGGGCCGGGUGCGGCGCCUGUGGCGGCGCCUGGUGGGCGACCGCGGCGCGGCGGCCGCGCUGGUGCCCGCCCUGGAGCUGGGCUGGGGAUCGGAGGAGGCGUCGGAGAGGAUCCAAGCCGUGUGGGCGCUGUGCGUGGCGCUGCCCGGCAGCCGUGUGGUUCCCGGCCAGCCGCCGCUGGCCGUCGGCAGUGCGGGCGAGCUGUCCGCGGCGCGCCUCGCGGCGGCCGACGCGCUGGGGUCCCUGGCCGCGGCUGUGGUUCGGCGAGCGGGGGGCGAGGCUGGGACGACGAGUGGGGAGGCGGGUGGGGAGGCGACCGGCGAUCCCUCCUCCGCCACCAACGACGCCGCGCUGGAGGCGGUGGCAGAGACGCUGCGCCGCGGGCUGCAGGCCACCGAGGGGAGGUGGCAGACCGCGCGGCUGGCCGCCGCCCUGGCCCUGCGCGCCUGGGCGCAGGGCGGCGAUGGUCGAGGGGGCGGCGCCGCUCGUGCAGGCGGCGCUCCCGGUCGCGGGACGGAGCGCCUGCGCCUGCUGGCGCACGUGGCCGUGGCGGCCGCGCAGCCCUUUGCGGCCGCAGGUGGCGCCCAGACGCCGCUGAUGGCCGCCCUGCGCCGCGAGCCCGACCCCGCGCUGCAGCUCGUGGCGGCGGGGGGCCUGGCCGACCUGGUGGCGGCCCUGCGUCGCCGCACCCCCAGCCCCGUCGACAAGAUUGUGAAGAACCUGGUGGGGUUUGUUACCGGGGACCGCACGCCGGAUGCUGCCGCGCCACCGCCCUUUCCACCCGAAGACGAGGAUGCGGAGGCCGCCGGCGCCACGGAGGCGGACGACACUGGCGCGGGCCCCGCCGCCGCCUCGCCGGCCGCGCUGGCGUGCCGGGGCGGCGAGGCCGCGCUGCGCGCGCUGGCCUUCCGCCUGGGCGACGACCUCUUCCCCGCGCUGCCCUGCCUGCUGGAGGGUCAGGUGGAGGGGCCGCUGAGGAGCCUGGGGGGCGGCGCAGGCGGGGAGGAAAGCGCGCGGCAGGAUCCCGACGGCGGCGAGGUCGCCGCGGCGCGCGGCGCAGCGGCGGCCUGCCGCGUGGUCGAGGCGCUGGCCCCCGCGCUGUCCCCAGGCGCGCGACGCGCGCUGCUGGACCGCCUGGCGCUGGCGCUGGGCGCGCUGCGCCACGCCAACGGCGCCGUGCAGCUGGCCGCCUGCCGCGCGCUGGCGGCGCUGGCCGCCUCGGACCCCGCCGCCGUGCUGCCCGGCCUCCUGGAGGGGCUGACCCCGCUGCUGCAGGGCGCGGCGCUGCCCGCCGCGCGCGCCGGCGCACUCUACGCGCUGCGCCUGCUGGGCUCGGGCCUGGGCCCGGCGCUGGUGCCGUACGCCCCGCUGCUGGCCCGCCCCCUGCUGGGCCGCAUGAGCGACCCGCUGCCGGCCCUCCGCGCCCUGGCCGCGGCCAGCUUCGCGGCGGUGGUCGCCGCGCUGCCCCUGGCCCUGGGCGAGGGCGGCGCCGGCGGCCUGCCGGUGCCGCCGGGGCUGAGCGACGCGCAGCGCGCCACCCUGCUGGCCGAGAAGCGAUUCCUGGAGGCGCUGCUGGCGGGCCCGGCGGCGCAAAGUUGUGGCGGGGGCGGUGGUGGGGCAGGCGGGGCGGACGGUGCGCCCUCCCGGAUGGCCCCGCCGCCGGCGCUGGCGCUGGACCUGCGACCGUACCAGCGCGAGGGCGUGGCGUGGCUCUGCUUCCUUCGCGCCACGGGCCUGCAUGGCGUGCUGGCCGACGACAUGGGGCUGGGGAAGACCGUGCAGGCCACGGCGGUGCUUGCUCUGGCGGCGGCCGAGGAGGGCGUGGCGGCGCGUGGCGAGGGCAGGGCGCCCCGCCCCUCCCUCGUCCUCUGCCCCGCCACCCUUGUCGCGCACUGGCCCUUCGAGAUCCGGAAGGCGCUGGGAGGGGGGGGGGUGUCGCCGGUCGUCGGCGCGCAGGUGGGUGGCAGCGGCGACGGCCAAGGAGUGCGGAGCGGCGAUGCCCAAGGAGUGCGGAGCUGCGACGGCCAGGCAGCGGAACCUGGCGACGCCAAAGAUCCGACCACCCCCGCCGCCACCCCUGGCGGCGAGCCCCUCGCGGUGCUGCAGUACGCCGGUGGCGCAGCGGAGCGCGCGGCGCUGCGCCCCGCCUUCCUGGACCCCGACGUGGCCCGCCCGCCGGACGUGGUGGUGGCCUCGUACGAGACCCUGCGCGCCGACGCCGCCCACCUAGCCGCCCGCGACUGGCUCUACGUGGUGGCGGACGAGGGGCACGCGCUGGGCAACGCCGCCGGGCGCGUGGCGCGUGCGGCGUGCGCUCUGCGCGCGCAGCACCGCCUGGUGCUGACCGGGACGCCCGUGCAGAACGGCGUGCGCGAGCUCUGGGCGCUCUUCGACUUCCUCAUGCCGGGGUUCCUGGGCACCAGCCGCGCCUUCAACGCCAAGUACGGCAGGGCGCUGCAGGUGGCCUCGCGCCAGGCGCGGAGCCGCGGCGGCGCGCUGUCUUCCUCGGAGGCCGGGGUGCUGGCGCUGGAGGGCCUGCACCGCGCCAUCACGCCCUUUGUCCUGCGCCGGACCAAGGGUCAGGUGCUGACCGACCUGCCGCCCAAGGUCCUGCAGGACGUGCGCUGCACGCCGACGCCCCUCCAGCUCGACGCUGCUGCAGCGCAAAACGCCGACGACGGCGCGGACCCGGCGCGGUCCUCGCCGGACCCAGGAGACGGCGCCGACGGCACCGCCGCGGCGCCGUCGCGCUCCUCCUCCUCCCUUUCCUCCCUGCUCGCGCUGCGCAAGGCGCCCAAGCUGGCGGCGCUGGCGGAGCUGCUGCGCGGCGCGGGCCUGGGCGCGCCCAGCGCCGAGGACGGCGACGGCGCGGCGUCGGCGACGCCGGAGGACGCGGGGCACCGGGUGCUGAUCUUCGCGCAGCUCCGCGCCUCGCUGGACCUGGUGGAGGCGUGCGUGCUGGCGCCCGCGGGCAUCGCCUGCGCGCGCAUCGACGGCGGCGUGGACCCCGCCGAGCGCUUUGCGCGCGCGCAGCGCUUCAACGCCGACCCCACCCUGGGCGUCAUGCUGCUGACCACGGGGGUGGGGGGGCUGGGCCUGAACCUGACCGCCGCAGACACCGUGGUGUUCCUGGAGCACGACUGGAACCCCAUGAAGGACAUGCAGGCGGGCAUCUGUCUCACACAGACACGAGAAAGACUCAUCCCGUCUCCCCCACCCCCACGCAUGCACCAGGCGAUGGACCGCGCGCACCGCCUGGGGCAGCGCCGCUCGGUCAACGUGUACCGCCUGAUCCUGGCGGGGACGCUGGAGGAGGAAAUCAUGUCCCUCCAACGCUUCAAGCUGGACGUGGCGGGGGCGGUGGUCAACGCCGACAACGCCUCGCUGGAGGGCAUGGAUGCGGGGCGGGUGCUGGACCUGCUGGGCGACGCCGCCAAGGCGAGCGAGGCUCGGGACGGUGGCGAGGCGGCGAAGAAGAAGAAGGGGGGGCUGGCCGGCAUGCUGGCCGAGCUGCCGGACGUGGAGGAGGCUGUCGACCAGUACGCGGCCGAGUUCUCGAGGCCCGAGACGGAUUGA